GCAAUAUAUUAUUUAUUAUAAUAUUGGGACGGGACAGUUCACACCACCUUUUCGGCAAUCGAACUUUAGCGCGGGGGGGGAGUGUCGCGAUCUUUGUUGGUGUUUAGUACUCGGUUGGUAGCAGGGCGAGUUUUGGCGUAGGAAUCUGGUGUAGUAGGUCCGAGAAGCCUUUGUCGCAUGCUCCGGCCAUCGCCACGAGUCGGUUUGUUCAAGUGGUUCGGAGGUUGUAUGUAGUUGAUUUUGCUUUUCCUAGGGUUUUGCUCGUGGUGUUGGUUUUUCUGCACGGGUCCUCUAAUCCCUUGUUCGUUCUUCGUGAUCGGAAGGCUAAUGUAGUGAUGUUUAGUUCUUUGAGAUUAGCUCUCGUAGAUUUCUUUCUUUAUUUCUUUUGAAAGCAGAUCCCAGGGUGCCCCUGCUGCGUAGGAAACCGAAGAAUUCUCCUGCGCAAGCUGUGGUGGCCAUGAAGUCCGUGACUAGCACAUUUAGCACAGUUGUUUUGUUUGUUUGUUUUGUUUUGGAUUCUAUUUUUCCUGUAAUGUUCAAUGGUGCACACGUGUAGGGUCGAUGUUUUUAAACAGUCAAAGUGCAGAUUUACUCUGGUUUUUUUCCACAUACGAAUUGAUUUAUGCUUCAUGAAAAUCUGUGCCUCUGAUUUCAAUAAAGGCCAGCAGUGUCUAGAAAACUGUGCCGUUGUGGCCAACUUCUAGAUUUAUGAAGGAGUUUUAGUGGUCCUGCAAUUGCUACGCCCGGGUGAAAUUCGCUUUAAAUUUAUCUGACCGCCGGGGCCAUUCUACCUGGACUCUAGCAUUUGCUGCCCUUUAUGGCGGUUUGUAUAUAAUAUGCUUUCAUUUUGCUUUCGUGCGACUCCACGCGCAUGAUUAACAUGUUUAUAUCUAGACUUCAUUGACUUUACAUGCACGGUCUUUGCAUCAGUCUGUGUUUAUCUGAAGUCGUUAUUAGUUUGUCCUCAGUUGUUUUUGACGUAUGCCAUUUCUUGCGGCUGGUUUUUGCAAGGUUUUUGGCGAAUUGAGCAGGAGGAUAGCAGAUUGGUUUACAAGUAGCCAUGGCGACGCCAACAGAUGGCCUUCCCGGGACAGAGAUGACUAGCAUCAGCUUUAGGGACCAACUAUGGCUUAGUGCUUAUCCUUUGGACCGAAACCUGGUGUUCGAUUACUUCGCCUUGUCCCCGUUUUAUGACCGCACUUGUAACAACGAGCAGCUGAGGAUGGAGGCUAUUCAUCCUUUGGACAUGACGCAUCUCUCGAAGAAAACAGGUAUGGAGUACAUAUUACACGAGGCUCAGGAGCCGCACCUCUUUGUGAUUCGCAAGCAGAAGCGUGAUGGUCCUGAAAAAGUAUCUGCACAAGCUGCAUAUUAUGUUUUAGAUGGUUCUAUCUAUCAGGCACCUCAUCUCUACAACGUUAUUGGCUCGCGUGUUGUGCGAUCAUUGUAUCAUAUUACGAACGCGUUCGCGCAAGCCUCGGCAAAAUUGGAGAAGAUUGGCACUGGUACGGAUAAUGAAAAUGAGAAGGUAGUAGGCGAGGCCGAUCCUGCUGAUGUGCAAGUAAAGCAAUCAACAACAAAGUUUGUGGAUAUGAAGGAAGUCAUGCGCGUGGAUUCAAUUCUUGCAGGCAUCAUGCGCAAGUUGCCACCCGCUCCUCCUCCUCCUGCACCGCUGGUUCCAGUGAACAAUGCGGCACCAGGAACAGAGACUGCUCAGACGCCGGCAGCUGCAGAGGUCAAGCAAGAACAGACUUCAGCAGGAGGAAAGCAAUCAAACAUUGAAGGGGGUGCCACAAAGAGAUUAAAGAUAGAAAGAUACUAAAGUAGUCUCCAGUUGUGUGAUUGGCACACCCCAUCUUUGAUCGUUACCAUUGUGCAUUAUCGCCUGCUUCCAAUUAAAUUCCCGUUCAUGAGAUCAUCUUUAAAUUCAAUUCCUUCAAACGAAGGAGAAAUUUACUCAAGUUUGUUUAGAACUAUCGUCCUUUAGGUACUUGAUCUUUACAUGAACAGGGUAUGUACUUUUGAAACGGAUCAACCUUGCCCCUCAAUGCCGCCUAUGGCCGCAAGUCCACAUUUGAAA